GAAUUGGUCUUGUGUUCUUGGCGCCAGCAAUAGAUAUCACCACAGAUUCAUUCAAAACGACCCCUGAUCAUUUCUAAAAACUACGAAAAAGCCAUCAUUUCAAAAAUUAAAACCGCGAUCUAUAGCACAAUGCCUUUUGUUUUUUUCCCAGCCCUCCUUCAAAUUCCAAUUCCACAUCCGUAUAGCCAAAAUCCAUAAAGGGUAAAAAAGCCACAAAAAAGUUGAUGGCACUCCUUUAAAAAACCUAAAAGUCAAGGGGCAAAUUGGUAAUCAAGUUUCUUUAUAAGUCCAAUUUCAGUAAGGGUCCAUACCACGAUAAAUCCAAAAAAAAUGGUUGGACCAUCCAAUCUUAAGGCCCUCCACCCCCAUCAAGUUUUCUCUCUUAAGUUCCCAUCUUCUUCUUCUUCUACCAUAAGCUCCAUGGAAAUCAAACAACUAGCUCACACUCUCAUUUUCUCCCACUUGUGCCGCUUCAUUCGUGCACUAUCCAAGGCCAAGUCCAAAGCCACAUCCCUUCUUAUCAAUUUUCUCAAAGAAAACAAACCCAUGCAAUUGCUUUACACAACUAGGAAAAACAUGAUCAAGAACAAGGAGAAGAACAAGAAGGCUAAGAUAUUCUUCGGCUCCUUCAGGCUGCACUAUAACUGGUGUUCUUCCACUCAUGUCUUGCCGGUGCCGGCGCCGGUUUACGACGGGUUAAUGGAUACCCAAUUUUACUACGAUUCCACGUGGCAUUCGGUAAUCCCGACGAUGUCGGAGCAGGUGGUCGAGGAUUGUCCUGAGUCUCAGCUUUCUGGGUACCUGGAAUGGCUUGAAAAGAAGGACGUUCAUGAUAAGACGACGUCCAUGGGUGAUCAAUCGGAGGCCGUCGUCGAUAUCAAUGAGAUCGACCGGAGAGCCGACUUGUUCAUUGCAAGCUGCCAUGAGAAGUUUAUGUUGGAAAAGCAAGAGUCUUACCGGAGAUACCAAGAAAUGCUGGCAAGAAGCAUGUGAUAUAUGGGCAAAUUAUUAAGCUUAGCUAGCUUAGUUCUUUGUGGUGUUUGGAUAUGGUUUAUUUUGUUAAAAUUCUCCUUUCCUAAAAUUCUCUCUUAUUCUGUGUAAAAAGAAAAAAAAAUAUCAUGGGGUGUGGGAGUGAGGAAAGUGUAGUGAUUGGAUGGGAUUGAGAGGUCAAUUAAUUAAUUUCUUUUCUUUUUGGGAUU